AUGUCCCUCUUCCGCACCCUCGACCGGACCUCUGCAGUCUCCAAUACCGCCCAUGCUCGCCCCUUCCUCGCCUUCCUAUACCCGAACUCCGAGAAGAAUACAUCAAAGAGGAGGUUCAGCAAGAAGGCGGUAGACAAUGCUCCGUUACCUGAUAGGCCGUCUGCUCGCAUGGACACUUUCUUCAUCCAGGCAUUGGUGCGGGCCGGGUCGUGCCCAAAGCAUGCGAAACAUGUACAUACCCCGCGCGACGUAGCAUCGCCGACACCGAAACACCAGAUAUCACGAAGGAAAAGCACGUGGUCGAAUUCGGAGAAGAAGUUGGAUGUUUUCCCCGAGCGCAAAGGGCCGCUCAAGAAAGUCAAAAACUUCGCCGAGAAGGAGCUGCAGGCCUUGGUGGAUUACUAUGGCAUGGAAAUUGAUACCCGGCCUGAGGCGGACGUUCCUGACGAGGGAAAGCUGGUCUGGAAUGUUGGCGAUGACCACGAGCCCUGGCCCCUCCGCGAGCCAGCAGAUGCGUUGCAUAUCAAGAAGUUAGAGGAUUUGCUGAAGGAUGAUGAGUCACCGCACGAUGAGGUGUUUGAUACUUAUAAGAAGCUUCAGUCGCCAGGAGUCGUGUACCUUACUACCAUGACUAUUCGAGCGCUACUGCACCACCUCGCCAUUGUCGAACGCCCCACACCCAUCGCAGCGCAACGGUUCCUCUCGGUCCUAGACGAUAUGAAGACGGCGCAUAUACACAUAGUUCGCUCAGAGUGGACAUCGGCCAUACAUUUGACUGGACGCGCCAUGGGAACUGUGUCCGAUGAUGAUCUGCAAAACACGCUUCGCAUCUGGCAGGACAUGGAGCACCGGGCCGGUCUGAGAGGUGGAUAUGUCACAUUCAAUGUGCUCUUCAACAUUGCUGUCAAAGCGGGCAAAUACACACUGGCCGAGACCUUUAUGAAAGAGAUGCAAGCCCGAAAGCUGCCCAUGCACCGACACUACCGUGUAGCACUCGUCUACUACUACGGCGUUCUACAAAACGGAGAUGCCGUCCGGAAAGCAUAUCUCGACCUUGUCUCCGCAGGCGACAUCGUAGACACCGUCGUCAUGAACGCCGUCAUAGCAUCUCUAAUGCGCGCCGGUGAGCCCUCAGCCGCCGAACACGUCUUCGAGCGGAUGAAGCGCCUCCACGCCCAGCGCAGUGCCACAGCCCGAGGUCACGUCUUCUUCAACCGCACCUGGCGCGACCGCCGCGUGCUAGGCAUGAAAUUUCGCGACGAAGCGCGACGCCUGAAGAAAGAGGGCGGAGACGAAGAGCUAAAGCAACUCCAAGACCUCGCGCCCAUCGGCCCCGAUUCAAGAACUUAUGGGAUUCUGAUACGGCAUCAUGCAGCUGUAGCCGGUAACAUCGAUCGCGUAAACGAACUGCUACAGGAAAUGAAAUACAACUCCGUAUCCCUCGACGGCACAAUCUUCAUCGUCAUAUUCCACGGUUUCAACUCCUUCGGUGGCGUCAGAUACUCCUCCUGGACACUCUCCCGCCUCGAAAAGAUCUGGAUGCAGUACCUCGAAGUACUCAACAGCGAUAUGGAGCGUACCUGGCUGUCCAGUCUGGCUGUCAUCGCAGCGCUCCGUGCAUUCGGUAGAUGCGCACCCCCAGAGCGCAUACUCAAAGCUUGGGAAGAGAUCCGCGCGUUGUGGCAUCCAGAUGAACGGGAGUUGGAGGCUGCGUUGACGGUGCUGAGGAAACUUGUGCCGAGUCAGUUGGAUGGGGGUUUCGAUGAGGUGGCUAGACCUGGGUUCUUUGAUGGGCGGAGGCCGUCUUAA